AUGCAGGUUGUUUUCGUGAUUCCAAUAAUCGUAUGCCUUUUGGUAAAUUAUAUUCAUGCCACAAAAGAUCCAAAUUCAGCCCCUAAUCGUCAUACUGCUGUUCAUUUAUUUGAAUGGAAAUGGACAGAUAUAGCAAAUGAAUGUGAACGAUUUCUUGGACCUUAUGGAUUUUCAGGUGUUCAAGUUUCACCACCUAAUGAACAUGCACUUAUUGAUGGUCGUCCAUGGUGGCAACGUUAUCAACCUGUAAGCUAUAAAUUACAGUCAAGAAGUGGUUCUGAAGCUGAAUUUAUUGAUAUGGUUAAUCGAUGUAACAAUGCUGGUGUUCGUAUUUAUGUUGAUGCUGUUAUUAACCAUAUGGCAGCAGGCGGAAAUCAAGGAUCUGCUGGCACUUCAUACAAUCCUGGAUCAAAAGAUUUUCCUGGUGUACCAUUUAGUGCUUGGGAUUUUGGCGAUUCUUUAUGUAAAACAGGCAGUGGAAAUAUUGAAAAUUAUAAUGAUCCUGAUCAGGUGAGAAACUGUAAAUUAGUUGGUUUACCUGAUUUAUUAGUAUCAAAAGAUUAUGUUUUGGAUAAAAUUGUUGAAUUUAUGAAUCGUUUAAUUAAUAUUGGUGUUGCUGGUUUUCGUAUUGAUGCUGCUAAACAUAUGUGGCCAAAUGAUUUAAAUAAAUUGAUUGGCAAAUUAAAUAAUUUACCAUCACAGACAUUUGGUAAUAAUAAACGACCAUUUAUUUAUUUUGAAGUUAUUGAUCUUGGUGGUGAACCAAUUAAGAAUACAGAUUAUACAUGGAUGGGUCGUGUAUCUGAAUUUCGUUAUGGAAAAUUUUUAAGUGAAGUUGUACGAAAGAAAUUUGGACAAAAACUUAAAUAUUUAAAUAACUUUGGAACUGGUUGGGGAAUGAUUCCCGAUGGUGAUGCGCAAAUUAUGGUUGACAAUCAUGAUAAUCAACGUGGACAUGGUGCUGGUGGUGAUAUUUUGACAUUCUUCGAUGGUCGUCUCUACAAAAUCGCUACCGCAUUUAUGCUUGCUUGGCCUUAUGGAUAUCCUGUAAUCAUGUCUAGUUAUAACUUUAAUCGUAAUAAUGAUGCUCAAGGUCCACCAUCAAAUGGUAAUGGUAAUACCAACAAUGUUAUUAUAAAUGCUGAUCUUUCUUGUGGUGGUGGAUGGAUAUGUGAACAUCGUUGGCGUCAAAUUUAUAAUAUGGCUCGUUUUCGUAAUGCUGCAGGAUUUCAACCAGUUCAAAAUUGGUGGGACAAUGGUAACAAUCAAAUUGCUUUUUCACGUGGUAAUAAAGCUUUUAUUGUUAUUAAUAAUGAUGAUCAUAGUCUUGAUCAAUCGUUACAAACUGGUUUACCACAAGGUCAAUAUUGUGAUAUUAUGUCAGGCAAUUUUGAACAAGGUCGAUGCACAGGCAAAGUCAUAACUGUUGGAGGUGAUGGACGAACAAAAGUAACAAUAUCUAAUAGUGAAGAAGAUCCAAUGAUUGCUAUUCAUGUUGAUGCUAAACUUUAA